UGCCCGCAUUUUACCCACUGCAUUUUGAGAAUUUGAGCUAGUGUUUUAGUGUUUUGCUGUUUACAGCUGUUUACGAAACGUGUUUAAUUUUGUCUACCGUGAGGUUAAAUAUCUGCUAUUAUUUUAUUACGAUUCAUUAAAUUAAGUUUAUAUUUGUAUUCUAGUGUUCUUUAAUCAUGGAGUACCAAGCAGUAAUAAUGGCUGCUGGAAGGGGUUCACGUAUGACAGAUUUAACUCAUGACCGUCCCAAGUGUCUAUUACCAAUAUGCAACAGACCAAUGAUAUGGUUUUCAUUAAAAAUGUUGGAAAAUGCUGGUUUUGAAGAUGUCAUAGUUGUUAUCCAUGAACAGUUUCGAGCUGAAGUUGCAGCUAUUCCAAGCAAGUAUGGUUUGAACAUCAAACUGGAUAUAGCAUGUCUUCCAAAAAAUGAAGACUUUGGAACAGCUGAUUCUCUUAGACUAGUCAAAGACCGAAUCAAGACUGAUGUCCUGGUCAUUAGUUGUGACUUGGUAUGUGAUAUACCAUUGCACAAUGUGUUUGACUUACACAGAACUCAUCAAUCAAGUGUGACUGCACUUUUUAGCCAGUCCUCUCCAGAAGUAAUGUCAACUGCAGUGCCUGGUCCCAAAACAAAAUUCAAGCAAGAAAGGGACUUGGUUGGAUUGGAUCUGCAAACACCUCGUCUGGUUUUCUUAGUCUCAGAAGCAGAUUUGACUUCAGAAAACGAGGAGGAACUCUCAAUCCGAAAAUCAGUGAUGAAACAUUUCCCACAGAUAAGUGUUCAAGGUAACUUGCUUGACGCUCAUCUCUACGUUAUUAAGAAAUGGGUCUGUGAUUACAUUGCCGAAAACCGGUCAUUCACUAUGCUGAAGGGUGAGGUCUUGCCUCAUCUUGUGCGAAAACAGUUUAUAAAAACUCAAAGGAAAAAAAACGAAAAAGAACUCCCCAAUGCGGAUGUCUCGGUCGUUUCUUUAAAUACUACAAAUCGAGAUAUUUGCAGCUUCCUUGUUGAUGUCGAAGAGGAAGAGAAAAUCAGGAGCUACUCUGUUUGGAAUGAUCAUCGUGGUGAUUUGCGUGGCCCGUACCAAGACCAUAAUAUCCGCUGUUUCGCUUAUGUGGCCAAGGAAGGCUUUUGUCUACGUGCAAACUCGCUGAGCAACUAUUGUGAGCUCAACCGACAAGUUAUUAAAAGAUGGAAUACAAUGUUUCCUGAUGAGGAAAUCACACCACCCGUAUCCAAAGCACAAGUGGGAACUGAUUGCCUUAUUGGUGAAACGAGUCAGUUAUCGGACAAGUGCUCUAUUAAGCAUUCGGUUAUUGGUCAAGGUUGCAAUAUUGGAGAAAAAGUUAGGAUUACCAAUUGUAUCAUCAUGGAUAACGUUACGAUCAUGAAAGAAACAACUCUUCAAGGCAGCAUUCUGAUGGAUAAUUCGGUAAUUGAGAAUAGUUGCGAUUUAAAAGACUGCAUAGUGGGACAUACCGUACAUAGCAACUGCAAAUCUACCAACGAAGUUUUGGUUGAUGCUGAUCGGCUCUUGGAAAUAUGAGUUUAAGUUAUUUGAGAUGUUUUUCUCAAAUAACUAACUAAUAAGUGGUGAUAAUCCUUCGGGCGAUACCUUACAAUUGAAAGGCGCUGUUUGCGUGGGCCGUUGGUAUGCCUAAAUUGCGAGACAUCUCCUUGAAUUUUGGUUGAAAGUAUACAAACAAUAAAAUUUGCUAAUUACA